UUAAUUGGCCUUGACCUAGGCCGAUUUCCUUUCUCAAAGAAGAAAAUGUGUAAUAGUUUACAGGAGCCUUUUGUUUCUAGAACCCAAUCGCGUCUCGCUCAAGUUACACAUUAUCUUUUUCAAAAAUUUCAAAACCAUCCACUCCUGUUUAGGUGACAUCACAAGGAAAUAUUAUGGUAGGCACGUUUGUGAAGUUGAAACCGAAAGUGAUGUUGCUUUAUUUUUAAUUAUUUCCUGGUUUAACAUCAACUUUGCCAGUCUUUGGGCAGCACUGAACAGUAACCGAGCAUAGUUGUAAUUUUGAGUAAGGUGGACCUGCUUAUAAAAAACAUACCACCAUGGCUACUACUAAUGAAAAGGAAGAAAUUCAACUUGAUAAACCUCUUAUACUUGCAAGCAGAUUUUGGAGGACUUUUGCUAACCCAUGGGAUUCUUGGACAGGAACGCCUAGCAGCAAACCUUUUGAGUUAUUCAAGUUUGUAGUUACAGACGAGGAUAACAGUGGCAUUCCUUCUGAAAAGGAGCUUGACAAAACCUUGCCAGUAGAGAAGCCAAAUCUAGAUGAGUUUAAGACAUCUCCGGAAAAUGGAAUACGCACAAUGUGGAUUGGUCAUGCCACUGUCCUGGUACAGUUUGACGGGCUUACUGUCCUAACUGAUCCCAUUUUCAGCGAAAGAUGUGGUCCACCGUUGAUAUCACCAACACGGUACCGUCCUACACCCUGUCGUAUUGGUGAAUUGCCAGACAUUGAUGCUGUGGUCAUAAGUCACAAUCAUUAUGAUCAUCUGGAUAAAAACUCUGUGAGGGAACUACAGAUGAAGUAUGGCCCUAAACUAAAGUGGUACGUUCCACUGGGAUUGAAAAAAUGGCUCAAAGACGUGGGAUGCGAGAAAGUAGAGGAGCUGAACUGGUGGGGUGAGGAUGACUACAAUGACAAAUUCAAGUUUGUCUGCCUUCCAUGUCAACACUGGAGUAAGAGAGGAGCACUGGAUACCAACUGGACACUCUGGUGUAGCUGGGCUGUUCUUGGACCAAAACAUCGGUUCUAUUUUGGUGGCGACACUGGUUAUUGUCCAGUUUUCAAGACAAUUGGACAGAAAUAUGGGAAAUUCUCACUGGCGGCCAUUCCUAUUGGAGCUUAUGAACCAAGAAAGUUCAUGAAGACUCAGCAUAUUAACCCUGAGGAAGCUGUCCAGAUCCACCAGGACAUCAAAGCAGAGCGAUCACUGGGAAUACACUGGGGAACGUUCAAGUUGACAUACGAACCGUACUUGGAGCCCAGAGAAAAAAUAUUGCAAAUAGUCAAGGAGAAAAACUUAAAGGAAGGUGCUUUUUUCACUCUCAAUCAUGGCCAAAUUAAAGUUAUUCAAAGUUUGGAUGAUGCGACCCAACCUGCAAAUACCGAGACGGAGACUUCUGUGAAGUAACAAGCCCUUUUUGAAUAAUGCCGACAUGUAGAAGUUUUAAUUUGGACAAGUCCAGCCUAACGCUGUUAGGAGCCUGAGUUUAAUUUAACCCUUUCAGACUACAGAACGGGAAAUCCGGUUGUGUGUUUUCAGUUUGUAUUUACCACCAAAUUUGUCACAGGUUGACAUGCGCAAUAGAGGCAGUGCUAACAACAACAUCCUGUAGAAGUUUUACAUGGUUUGCUGUGAGAAUGUGCUCAUUUGUUCGGAACUUUUCAGGCUAUUUGGUAUAACUGUUCUGUUAACUGCAAUGGCGAUAUCCAUUUUCGAUAAUACGACCUUCACGGAAAAAGACUGCAAUAGUGAUUUUUUAUCGGAAUGUAAGAGUGAUAAUUCUGAUAGAAUUCCACUAGCUGAAAUACUGUCACGAAUUCAAGAUGACAUACCACUUUCGAGAUUUGCACGUGAUCGGAGAGAUUUUCUAAAUGGGUUUAAUCAUUUACACAUUUCAUAGAAAUUUGAUAUGGUUUUAUAACCAGUGAUUUAAAAAAUGUAUAUACCUGUAUAUAUGUAUAAUAAUGAGCUCCUUCUCAUAGAAAAUUGACUUAUGUUUACAAAUAUGCUUGAACCAGUCUUCUACUAUGAAUAAUAAAUAAGUUAUCAUCAAA